AUGGCUAUUAAUCCUGGUAUAUUAAUUGCUUUAACAAUAGUUUUAGCAACUAUCUUUUUAUUCCUCAAGAAAAAAAAAGGAACUGCUCCUUCCAAUUCAGCUUUAGGCGUAGUUGGACCCAAUGGAAAAUUGAAAGUUAUCCUUAAAGAAAGAUAAACUCUUUCUCAUGAUACCUUCAACUUUGUCUUUAAGUUACCUAAUGAAGAAUAGAUUUUUGGUGUUCCCGUUGGAAAUCACUACAUUAUUCAUGCUAAAGUGAAUGGUGAAGAUGUUAGCAGAAAGUAUACUCCUACUUCUGUAGUAAACCAAAAGGGCACUUUUGAAUAAGUCAUUAAAAUCUAUCGUCCAAAUGUUCAUCCUAGAUUCCCUGAAGGUGGUUAAUUGACUCCAUAUUUAGAAAAGCUUCCCAUUGGAUCUGAAGUUGAAAUUACUGGCCCUCAUGGUCAUUUAGAAUAUUUUGGAAAUGGUAAAUGUGUUAUAAAUAGAAAGUUGGAAAAUGGAAAAAUCCAAAAGAAAACUUUUAAAAAAAUGUACAUGGUAGCUGGUGGUACUGGACUUACUCCUAUGUAUUAGAUUAUUUAGCAAGUCUGCAACGACCCUAGCGAUAACACAGAACUUUACUUACUCUAUGCUAACAAAUCUGAAGAAGAUAUUUUGCUUAGAAAAGAACUUGAAGAAUAUGCUAAGGACAAAAGAUUCAAGCUUUUCUACACUCUCGAUACACCUCCUUAGGAAGGAUGGAAACACUUUGGUGGUUUUGUAACUGCUGAUAUGCUCAAGCAAUGCUUCCCAGAAAGAGAUGAUAAUAUACUUUGCUGUUCAUGUGGUCCAGUUCCUAUGACUAAUCUUGCAAGAAAACUUUUCUUAGAAUUAGGAUUUAAGGAAGAAAAUUAUUAUAAAUUUUGA